UUGUGGGAUACGCCUAGUUGUCCUCCGCUUUUGCCGUGUAUGCUGUGGGCUUGGCCUGGGUGAGUGAGUUGCGUUGAAGAAAAGAAAAAGAAAUCGAGCAGCGCAAUGUCAAAAUGAAACGAUCAGCAACACAGAUUGAGCGCAGCAAGCAGCAGGCCUACGGCGAAGGCGGUGCGGACGGCUCCCGGGGCAGCCGAAGCAAGCACGGGCUCCCAAGAUGGUUGCACCGGGCUCCGUAACGACGCCCAUCCGUCGCUUCGUGCGGACCUCAACCCGGCGACGGUCGAAAGCCGCUUCUGAUGUAGCCCAUCGUUCAAACAGGCCAGUGUCCGAUUAGGCUUAGCAUAUUGCGGCUUGACGCACGGAGCGUUCGUCCGGACGCGCGGGGAAGUUGCCUCUAGGCCCCGCCGGAGAGACUGCCGCGAGCGACGACCUAAAGCUUGCAUAGAAGGGUCGCGACGUUGCGUCGGCCCAACGAAGCAGCCCCAAGAUGUGGAACAUGAUGUGCGACGUGAUGCCGACCAUUUCGGAGGACAGCAUCGCCCAGCGGAGCGGACAGUUCUCCGGCGAUGAAGCAAACUUUGAGCAGCUCAUGGUCAACAUGUUGGACGAGCGGGAUAAGCUCAUGGAGACGCUCCGAGAGACGCAGGAGACGCUCACAAACACGCAGCAAAAGCUUUCGGAGGUUGAGAAGGAGCGCGAUUCGCUGCAGAGGCAGUUGCAGGCCAACUUGCCACAGGAAUUUGCAACAAUCACCAAAGAGCUUAACCAUGCAAGAGAGCAGCUUUUGGAAAAGGAUGAAGAGAUACAGGAGUUAAAAGCAGAACGGAACAAUACCAGGUUGCUGCUGGAGCACCUGGAGUGUCUAGUAUCUCGGCAUGAAAGGUCCCUACGCAUGACCGUGGUAAAACGGCAAGCCCAGUCGCCAGCUGGUGUCUCUUCUGAGGUGGAAGUGCUCAAAGCUCUCAAGUCACUGUUCGAGCACCACAAGGCACUUGAUGAGAAGGUGAGAGAACGAUUGAGGGUUGCAUUGGAACGUGUCAGCACCUUGGAGGAAGAGCUCAACAAAGCGAAUGAAGAGAUUACCCAAUAUAAGACCAAAGGUGUGACAAUAUCGGAUGAUAGGAAAUGUGGGGACGGGCCAAUAGAAAACUCUUUACAUGUCAACAAGGUGUCUAAUGGUACUGCGGACGCUGUGGAAGAAGCGUGCAAACUGGUGGAGCUGCAGGAACUUGUGGAGAAGCAGGCAGCAGAGCUUGCAGUGGCGCGCAGCCGGCUCAACGAGCUGCUGCCACGAGUGCGUGAGCUAGAAGAAGCUCUGGCCCAGGCACAGAAGGAGGUCACUCGGAUGAAGGAGGAGAACGCCCGACUUGCAAGGGACCUUAAGGAGAACAACGCACAGAAGGAAGACCAAGAAGAGAGGAUAUCAACGUUGGAAAAGCGUUGCCUCAAUGCCCAACGUGAAUCAGUCUCGCUGCAUGACCUCAAUGAGAAGCUGGAGCAAGAACUUGCUAACAAGGAAGCACAGCUGAAAUUGAGUGAAGAAAAAAUUAAAGCUCUCCAAGAACGCCUGGAAUUGGCUGAACAAAAACUUGCACAGUUUGCCAAAAAGGAGACGGACGUGGAUGUUUCUUCAAUUAUUGCUCAUGACAAGCAUGGUUCCAUGGAGGACACAGUCAGUCGACUGGAGCAGCAGCUCGAAGAGAAAGCCGGGGAGCUGAUGCGGGCUCGACAGCGGGAAAAGAUGAAUGAUGACCACAACCAGAAGCUGUCUGCAACAGUGGACAAGCUUCUGGCAGAGAGUAACGAUCGGCUGCAGAUGCACCUCAAGGAGCGCAUGCAUGCUUUGGAUGAGAAGAACAUGCUGUCACAGGAACUGGAGCGCACACGCAAAGUCCUUGACGAGACCCAGGGAGAGAAGGAAAAAAUCUUUGAAGAGCUCUCCAAGGUCAGGGCUGAGAUGGAGAUGAUCCGGCGGGAUGUCCAGAACUACAGGACUGAGUCUCUUUCAAGGGUGACUUCAGCACGGAGCCUUGCACAUCACUCGCCCCUUUCUCCGCAACGAGGAGGAAGCAGCGUGCUGUCACCACCGUCAAUGGUGGGUCUGGCACCACCGUCCACCUCGGAGGCAACUUCGGGGGUGGUUUCGUCAGUGGACGCUUUCCGUUCCACCUUGUCUGUUGGCGGGGGAGGCCUGGACAUCAGCUCGGGCCCACCCACCACACCGAGCACCCAGCAUCGCACCCUGCCGCGAGUUCGACGUCGAUCCCUUGACGAAGACCCUGGCAAGGGCCUGGGUGACUCUGAGUGGGACAAGGUGGUUCCGGGCGGUGGUGGCAGUGGCCUGGAUGGAGGGGUCAGCGACCCUGAGUGCAGUCCCACGGAAGAGGACGAAGAGGAUGGGGCUGGAGCGGGUCUGCUGGACAGCAUGGACCACCUGCUGUCACCAGUGGGGCACCACUCAGAUGCCCAAGCACUGGCGCUAAUGCUGCAGGAACAGCUGGAUGCCAUCAACAAUGAAAUACGGCUGAUUCAAGAGGAGAAGCAAAACACAGAGCAGCGUGCUGAGGAGCUAGAGUCGCGUGUGGGCAGCAGCAGCCUCGAGCCCCUGGGAGGCUUGCUGUCACGAGGACGCUCCUUUGACCGAGGUUCACCACCCCUUAGUGGACGGUCCACACCACCUUCUUCCGCUGGCCCGCCACCUCACCACAGCCCCCAGCGGGAGUACCUGCCAAAGUACCACACUGUACCAGCGUCCUUGGAGGUACGAGACGACCGGCUGUUAAGGAGAGAGACAAGUCCGCCAACGCCACGGUCAAUGCGCAUUGACCGAGUAGCCCAAGCUCUGGCACAGAGCUCGGAAGAGCUGCGAAGGUCCUUUGGGCCAUCUCUGUCACAGCACGCUGCUUUGGGCGGCAGCCCAGCUUGUCUGUCGGGCAUCCCGCCAGAUGCUUUGCUCAGGGUUACCAUGGAUGGGGGCCCCAGUUCACUCAGUGCUCAGUCUCCACUGAGCUCUACCAACUCUUCCCAAGACUCGCUCAAUAAAGCGGCCAAGAAAAAAGGCAUCAAGUCUUCGCUGGGCCGCUUCUUUAGCAAAAAGGACAAGGUCAAAGGGAAGGAUCCCUAUGGACAGGAGUAUGGCAUGUCUGGGGGCAUCUACAUGGACAGUGACAUUUGUGGGAGUGACACCGGAACCCUCUCUCUGGCGGGAGGCACACUGGGGCCAAAGACGGAGGUGGAUCGGCGUACAAAGAAAAACUUCCUUUACAGGCACGAGCUGUUGGCAGAGGCCAUGAAAGCAGGCACUCCAUUUGCGUUAUGGAAUGGUCCCACUAUUGUUGCUUGGCUUGAGCUUUGGGUGGGCAUGCCAGCCUGGUAUGUGGCGGCGUGCCGUGCAAAUGUGAAGAGUGGGGCCAUCAUGUCAGCAUUGUCGGACACCGAGAUUCAGCGCGAGAUUGGCAUCAGCAAUCCGCUUCACCGGCUCAAGUUGCGCCUUGCCAUUCAGGAGAUGGUCGCCCUUACCAGCCCUUCGGCUGCGAAACCUGCUCGCACGAGCCUGGCAUUUGGAGAGAUGAACCACGAGUGGAUCGGCAACGAAUGGCUGCCCAGCCUGGGGCUGCCCCAGUACCGGUCCACCUUCAUGGAGUGCCUGGUGGACGCCCGCAUGCUUAGCCACCUCUCCAAGAAAGAUCUUCGGGUGCACCUAAAGAUGGUUGACAACCUGCACAGAACAAGUCUUCAGUGCGGUGUGAGCUGUCUCAAGCGAGUCAACUACGACAAGCAAGAGCUCGCAGAAAGGAGAAAAAACAGUGAUAAUGAAACAAAAGAUGUGGUGGUGUGGUCCAAUGAGCGGGUGAUCAAGUGGGUGAACAGCGUAGGGCUGCGUGAGUACUCCAACAAUCUGCUGGAGUCAGGGGUGCACGGAGGGCUCAUUGCCCUUGAUGACACCUUCGACCACUCUGCGUUGGGCCUGGCUCUGCAGAUACCUACACAAAACAUUCAGGCACGGCAGCUACUUGAGCACGAGUUUAGUAGCCUCCUUAUCAUGGGGACCGAAAGGAGACCAGACGACGGACCCAAGCACAUGGGCGCAGCGCUGCCAGGUCUUCAGGGAGACCGACUUGUAUGAUGGGCUCUCUUGAAGAAAGCACGGAGCUCUUUUUCCUUCAAUCCAAGACCUUCAAGGAAGAAAAAGUCAUCCUGGCAACUCAACAGGACUACUUUUGUGUGGCUUGUUUCACUUCAUCGCUGGAAGGGUGCAGACUGUUUUCAGUGAUGAUAAUGGUGGCAGUGUUUCUCAGUGCGCGUGAGCGAGUAGUGAAGGCGCACUGUUGUUCAACGCCUUGCUUUCCUCCCCGCCUUGGCUUUUUAUUUCUUGUUUUCACUCUGUGCACAUUAGGGGAAAAAAUGCACUG